CUGUCAGAGCUCCAGGGAGAACAUAGAGCUGGCGUCAUCCUUUCGGCAAACCAAGAGAAGGAAGGGGGAGGGUAAGACAGAAAUGGGUAGGAGAAGGAGGGUGCUGUGUGUUUCUACCGCAUCAGCGCCAACAUCACUGCCUUCGUCACCGGAAAACAACAAGGACUGACUAGCUGAGACUAAAGAGAAAAAUUACUGUUAACAGUAGCAAAUCUCUUUCCAUCAGAUACGGAUUAGGCCACUGCGUCUUCACCUUCCUUAGCCAGAGGCAUCAUCUCCCGAGAGAGAAAGAGGUCUUUUAGGCAUGGCUUGAGAAGAGAGGACAACAGCCAUCGCUCCAUCCUGUUAAGAUGGGAAAUCAGGAGGCAAAGCAAAAGAGAGCAGCGGCUUCAUCGGGUAAUGGAAGCUACCCUUCGCUAAAUGAAGGAUGGAGGGAAGGAGGAGGGGAUUUGACAAAAAGGGGGGGCAAGAAACUCGGCAAGCAGGGAGGUAAAGGAACAAACAGCAGUGGAGGAGGAGGGACUCAUGGCACUGGACCAGGAAAAAAACGAAAUAAAUCUGAUUCCAAGUCCUCCGUUUUUUCCCUCCGAAAAAGGAAGAUAAACCUGAAAGGCUCAUCAAUACCAGGUUUAAAUGAAGAUGAAUCUGCUUCUCAACAUGAUGAUCUGGACAGCACCAAAACACCUGACCUGUCUGCAGAUGAGCUAGGACACUCAGAUUCUGAGGCUGCAUUUCCUGAAAAGAGAAAGAAACCAGAACAGGAAAACAGGAAUAAAGACAGAAGAGAAGAGGAAAAGUCACACGUGCAAUUGAAAGCCUCAACAGAAACCACAUCACCCACAGAAGAAGCAGGACAAAAGGGGGGUAGCUCAGGAUCGGACACUGAUAUAUACAGUUUUCAUUCAGCAGCUGACCAUGAGGAUUUACUUGCAGACAUCCAGCUUGCUAUUAAGCUACAGCAUCAGCAGCAACAUGAUGGGAAGAACACAAUCUCAGAGGUACAUGAAGGUGGAGUGGGGGACCUGAAUUGGAGAGCAGCAGAGGAAUGGACUAAGAAAAGUAAUGGGGUGGAAAAAGAAACUCAUCAGGAAGUGGUUGGUAUGACCCCAGAAUUAGAGGUAGGCUCUGAUGCACUAUCAUUCCUAGAGACAGAAAGUCAUGUUUCUCUCAAUCCCACAGACUCGCUUCCAAAACUGUCAAGUAGUGAGACACACCUGUCCUUUCAUACAGAGAUAAAGGGACAGGGGGAGGUCCAGGAAGGGCUGGGGCCACCAAAGUUAAGUACGAAGAAGAUGAGAGAGGGACAAGCCUUUCUUUGUAUUGCUACAGACCAGCAUGUGGACAUCUCCAUGGCAACUGGAAGUGUGACAGUCAGCCCAAUCACUAUGGCAACCUGUGACAAUUGUUCACCUAUAGACUCAAGUGAAGGUAAAUGUCUUGGAAGGAUGGAGGAGUUCAGUCCCCCUCCAGUCAGCAACAGUAAAAGUACUGAACAUGCAGAAGGACUUGUGUUUGAUGAAGGUGAUGGUCAGUUAGGCUCAGGUUCCAGUGCAGAGUCCCUCGAGGACUGUGUUUUGACUGGUUCCAAAUCCAAUCAAUGUGAUGCUUCCUGUAAUGGUUCCUCACCCUCUGACCAGCUCUGCAGCAGGGGCAGCAUCUGCUUUAUCACACUGACGCCCCAGGGGAGCCCAAAGUUGGCAAAGCAGCUCUUCAAGUCCACCCAUUCCUCCAACUUUUAUAGCCAUGUGGUGAAAUCCUACCCCACUAUCUUUCCAUCCUACAUCAAGACCACUACGCGACAGCUCAGUACCCCAGGACACUCCCCAGCUUUGUCUCCUUCCCACAGCCCACUUUCUCCACGGAGAGCCCAUCUUCACAAUCGCAGGAUGGUGGCUGGAGAACAAGAAACUCACAGACAACGGUCACUUAGCCUUACUGGGACUCUAAGCCGAUCAGCUGACUGGACAGAGGAGCUUGAAAAGAGGCUAAGAGGAAGAGAAGUGAAUGGAGGGGAGUAUCUGAUGGGCUACAGAGGAGGAGGCAGUCAACCUAUCUGUGCUACCAGAAGAUCCUCAUGUGGACAGGUCUCCCUCUGUGCUUUUCAGGAUGUCUUCACAGGUCGCACUCUUCUUGAGAAGCUGUUUUUGCAGCAGCAGCAGGAGGAGACAGAAGAGGCCGAGAGGCUCUGCUCCAAGAUCUUGGCCAUGGGUCUCCUGCUUCCCUUCACUGACUGCUUCAGAGAACAGUUAGGCGGCAGCACGGCUCAAAUUUCAUCCACUGCAUCAGCCAAGUUUGACCAUGACCAGCUGUAUACAUGGGCCGCAGUCAACCAGCCGCCACACUCACAGGAUCUUCUUGAAGGGAAACUAGCAGGCCAACUCAAGACGCAGUGGUCUCCAUUACGGCUAGGAGGAGAAAACAGAACUGCUCAUACAUCUAUGGAAGCAGAUCAUUGUGAAGCUGUCUCCACAACAAGACAACAAGACCAUGAGGAGAGAUUAGAGGAGGAAUAUGUGCUGCCAUCAAAAAAACUAAAGGAGAAACAUGUUAAUGUCAUCCAGCAGCUUGAGCAAACUAUAGAAGAUCUCAGGACUAAAAUUGCUGAGUUGGAAUGUCAGCCCCCUCUUCUGGAGGAGAAGGGUAUAACAACCAUCACCUCCACCACCGACAGAGAAUGUGGAGGAGAUGAGAACCUAUUGAGGUCUCUCUGUGAUGCUCAUCUGCAAACAGAGGCAGGGGCCUCUGUGGGAUGCCAGGAGGUCAAGUCAGUUCAGACCUCACCAAUGGAUGAUAGUUUUAGGUUCAACAUGCUCUGUAGAGAGCUGGAUGGAGGCUUUCUGCAGCCAUCAUCCAAUCAUGAUUGUUCAUGUCAACUAGAGCCUUGUACUUCACAUCUUCUGCAUCAAGGAGAAACUGUAAUUCUUCACUCAUGCCUGAAUUUGGUCCCACCUCCUCCUCCACCUUUACCAGGAUUUCCAGACCCUCCUCCACCACUUCCUGCACCUCCUCCUUUCCAAGGACUUCCAGGCCCCCCUCCUCCCGUACCUCCUUCUCCUUUACCAGGAUUUCCAGGGCCUCCCCCUCCACCACCGCCUCCUCCUUUACCAGGAUUUCCAGGGCCUCCCCCUCCACCACCACCUCCUCCUUUACCAGGACAUUCAGGCCCUCCACAUCCACCUCCUCCUCCAGGAUGUGGGCCUCCUCCUCCACCACCAGGAGCAACUGGCAUACCCCCAAGUCUUUCAGCAGGAAUGGGUUCAUUGCCCCCUCCAUUGCCACUGGGUCUGUAUUCUCUGCCUUUAACUCAGGAUAAACCAGCCAGAAAAGCUGCAGUGGAGCCACCUCGGCCAAUGAAGCCCCUUUAUUGGACCAGGAUCCAGCUACACACAAAAAGGGACAUUCCUUCUUCACUUGUGUGGGAGUCGGUUGAGGAACCUGAUGUGGACUUUGACGAGUUUGUGGCACUGUUUUCGAAAACAGCAGUUAAAGAAAAAAAGCAGCCACUCUCUGACACCAUAACAAAAUCCAAGGCAAAACAGGUUGUAAAGCUGCUGAACAACAAGCGCUCUCAGGCUGUUGGGAUUCUCAUGUCUUCCUUGCACCUCGACAUGAAAGAUAUACAGCAUGCCGUCUUGAACUUGGACAACAAUGUAGUGGACACAGAGACCCUGCAAGCACUUUAUGAAAAUAGAGCACAACAGGAGGAACUGGACAAAAUCGAAAAGCACAUAAAGUCCUCUAAAGACAAAGAGAAUGCUAAGCCUCUGGAUAAACCUGAACAAUUUCUCUACCAGCUCUCCCUGAUACCAGACUUCUCCAGCAGAGUCUUCUGCAUUCUCUUUCAGUCCAGCUUCUGUGAGUGUAUGUCAUCAAUCACAAGGAAAAUCAACACACUGCAAAGGGUAUGCAAGACUCUGCAGGACAAUGUUUCAGUGAAGAAGAUUCUAGGUUUGGUUCUGGCAUUUGGUAAUUUCAUGAAUGGUGGGAAUCGAACAAGAGGUCAAGCUGAUGGCUUCACCCUUGAGAUUUUGCCAAAACUCAAAGAUGUCAAGAGCAAUGAUGGCGCUAAGAGUCUUCUGUCAUACAUUGUAGCCUACUACCUCAGACACUUUGAUGAGGAUGCUGGGAAGGAGACGUCUGUGUUUCCUCUUCCUGAGCCCCAUGACCUGUUCCAAGUUUCACAGAUGAAAUUUGAAGAUUUUCAGAAGGACUUCAUUCGACUCCGGAAGGACCUCAGAGCAUGUACAUCGGAAGUGGAAAAGGUGUGCAAGGUGUCUGAUGAGGAUAACUUGCAGCCUUUCAAAGAGAAGAUGGAUGGGUUUCUUGCACAAGCUAAAAGUGAACUAGAGAUCCUGGAUGCGCAACUCAGCAGCACUCACAAACUGUUCCUAGAGCUGACAGUGUUCUAUUCAGUGAAGCCCAAAGCAGGAGAAAAGGAGGUUUCCCCCAACACCUUAUUUUCCAUCUGGCAUGAAUUCUCCUCCGAUUUCAAGGACCAAUGGAAAAAAGAGAACAAAACUAUUCUCAAGGAAAGGUUGAAAGUAGCAGAAGAGUGUUUCAGACAAGCCAAGGAGAAGACUUCCUACAAUGUUAAACCAAAACAUGCUUCUGGUAUUAAAGCCAAGCUUGGUAUGAAGAUUUAACAUCGCUAACCUGGGAGAUCAUGAAAAUGGAAUUAGAGUGAAGUGAAUGACCUCUCUGGACAUCAUGUUUGAUGUUUUUAUUAUUUUUUAUGCAGUUUGAUUAAUUUUGUCAUAGCAGCCACUCUUAGGAUGUUUGAAUCAAAUACAGUCAGGGUUUUUUUUUUUCUGCCCAACAAACACAUUAUUCAUCAGUUCAGAUAUCAACUCACAAUGAAUCUAUAGUUCUGAAGUUUUCAUUUUAUAACAUGUCUAAUAAAGUCUCUUUACGUUUCAGCCUGACUACCAACUGACUUCUCUCUGCUUUCUUCCAACAUUAUACUGCCAACUUUUGUUUGUUAGUUUUAUUUUGGUUGCCCAUCUAUAUACACCACUUAUGCUCACCAUCUCUUGCCAUUACUUAAUUUUUUACCUGAUUUGGAAAAACUUUUUUUUCCCCGAGAAAAUAUCCAUGUAAAAAAAAUCAAUUUUCCUUUUUGUUUGAUUUGAAAAUGUUGCGUUUCAGCUGUCAGACAUUAUACUUGGCCGAAGAACACUUAUGAACACAAUUCACUUCAUUCUUCCAUUUUUCAUCUGUGAACAGUCUCAGAAGUGGUAGGCUGUAACAUAGCCACUUAUAGUUCUUUGCACUGCAAAUCUGUCAGUACUGCUGAGUGACUGUAAGCUGCAUUGGAACAGAAUGGAGGCUUCAGUCCUUGUUGAACAUUUUCAAAUAAUUAAAAUCUAACACUUGGAUUGUAUAUGACUUCCUAGUAACAGUGAAAGUUACUUUUCAACCCUAGAUUUAAAGAUUACAUACUCAAGCAUUUGACUUGGGUGUCACAGUCACAUGGUGAACACAUAAUCUUUGUAAUGCCACAAAGGAUUUGAAAUUAAAAUAAAGCAUGACAAGUAUGAGAAAAAUAAUGUGUAGUAGAGCCGUCAUCGGAAUUAUUUAGCACUAUCCUGUUACAUAAAAGAAUUUUACACAUUUUAGCAAUUACAGCCAAUACAUUUAAACACAUUAUUAUAAUUAUUAAUAUCUCAUCCAUUAGCCACUGGAUAUUGGCACCAAUCUGCCAAUGACACUGUAAGUACAGAAAAUGACAGGACAAGUAUUGAACUGUGAAACAUGAUCAAUACUAUCAAUAUUUCCAAUUGGACUAAGAAGACCGGAGUGACUGGUAGCAAGUAAGGACAAUGUGCCGACACUAUAACAUGACAAGGGUGGUAGAUAUAGGCUUGAAUUACUGUCAGUUUGAGUUAUUUAGUGGAAUGCCGAUAAAGGUCACAGGAAAACUAUUUUUUAAACUGUUUUUAUGCUCUAAGGCCUUACACAAAUAUUGCUCAAAAAAGGUACCUUGUCAGAAACAGGCUUGUUCACUUCAAUUACAUGGUGAAUUGAACAUAGUUCAAUUCAGCAUGUUCAGUUUUUUCAGCUGAACAUGAUACCCCAUGUAUUUUCAGUCAUAUUUUUAAAAUAGUAAAUAUCCUCUUCCAUAACCGGUAUUGGUAAAAUGGAACAAAGAUCAAAAGUAAUCAUUAUCAUACUAUCAAGUGUAAUCUGAAUUUAUAAUUAAGUGUAAAAAAAAUUUUUAUGCUUUUUUAUACUAAAAGUCAGGUGCAAUAAAAACAUUGUCAAUUGCUACAAUACGUAAAAAAAAAAAAAACAUUGUGAAAAGUAGGCUUUAAUUAAUGUAGCCUUUACUGAUCUGUUCAAGAUUCUGUAUUGUUCUGUCCAAUAAAAUUUUGUCUAGGACAAAAAUAAAGAGAUAAAACCAGUGACUAGCCCUGUCCUUCUGCAGUGUUGAACAGGAACAAAAUCUCAUUGUAAACUGUUAUUUUGCCUAAAAGGCCGUGUAGCACUGAAUUAUCUUGGUGUGUGCAUGGGUGUUUGUUUUAAUGUUGAUACAGGCAUACAGUUUUUCUCAUCAUCUGGUUAAUAAGCUCUCAGUUGUUGUAACCAAUGUGUUGUAGAAUAUGUACAGUGUAUAAAUAUCUUCUGUAAAACUGCUGGAGAAACCCUGUAAAGGAAUAAAUCGUAUUUCUUUCAAAAUGUCCUUUAACCUU